GGCUCGACGGCUAUAGGCCACAAAACACCAAUAUAUACAUUGAUAUUACCAACAGAAACCUCAAUAUCUUCUUCAGUCUUCAUCAAUGGCUAUGAGUACAAAGCUGAUAUUCCGUCCAUACAUGGCCUACACAACAACCAUCCGAUGUCGUUCACAACAAAUCCUACUUUCAGGUAAACCAAAUAUUGCAUUUUCCCACUGCCCAUCUUCUCAAAAAACCAUCUCGCAUCUUCCAACUUUGCUCAACUUUUCUAGGCUUUCACCCUUAAUUUCUUCAAAAACUCUUCAAUUUAAGAACAAUCAUAGGUUUAGUACUACAACUGGUGCUUCGUCUCCUCAUCAUGUUAAUGACCCUGGUUCCAUUGACUCUUCUCUGAUGCAAUCUAUGGAAAACAAGAUUAGAGAUGAGCUCAAUGCUGAAUCUGUAGCUGUAAAAGAUGCUUAUGGUGAUGGCCGACAUGUUAGCAUCGACGUUGUAUCCUCGGCAUUUGACGGACAAUCAGCAGUGAAUAGGCAGAGAAUGGUGUACAAAGUUAUAUGGGAAGAACUUCAGACCACUGUGCAUGCAGUUGACCAGAUGGUUACUAGAACACCAACUGAAGCUGCUGGUGGUGGGAGCAACUGAGACCGUCACAGUAUUUACAACUAUUGUAACUCCCUAAACCUUAUGUAUCUAAGGCACUCAAUGUGUUGUUGGAUCUUCUUUAAAAUGUUCUAAUCAUAUUUGGAGUUAUCAAAUUCAUAAUUUGUACCCUUCAUAUAAUCUUCA